AUGGCCAACGACCGAAAAAUGGAGCGCCGCGGCCGUGUGUUGGGAGCACUUCUCGUGCUGGCGCUGGCGGCGCUCGGCUGCAUGCGCGCCUUCGUGGCGUCCACAGCGCCUUCCGCCGGCGGCGCUUUGGGCGUGAAAGGCGCCAGCCAGCGCAUGGCAGGCGCCAGCCAGAGCUCCCUCCAGCUCUUCGCGGAGCGGCCGGAUGGCCCUGGGCCACCGCAGGAGGAGCUGGAGAUGGAGGUGGAGGUCUUGGACGGAGCCACGGCGUCCAUCGCCUUCUUCGUGGUGGUGGGCAUCAUCGUCUUCGGCUGCCUCCAGGCGGAAGUGAACUCGGGCGUGCUGGGAAAUCCCACCACCGCGCUGAUGAGCGGACUCCGGGCCGCCGGCUGCUGCAACAUGGCGCUGCUGGUGGUGAGUCGUGCCUUUCAGAGCCGGCGACCGGUGUCCGUGUUGGCCUGGUGCCUGCAACGAGAGGACUUUGCCGACUUCCAGGUGGCUGUGCUGCCGUAUUCCUGGGAGCCGCGGGCGGUGUACCUGGAGGAUUGCCAGCAGCGCGGUGAGGACGUGUUGCUGGAGGCUCAGCUGCUGACCGAGAUGAACCCCACUGUAUGGCUGGAGGAGGAAGGGCAAGAAGCGGAGGUUGCGUUGAGUCGGCUUCUCCUAGCACAUCCCAAGCCUCGCCAACACUGGCAUAAGGGAUUCUACAGCAAGCACUUCAAGGACGCACGCCUACAGGGUGCACACUGCGAGUGGUUCCGGUGGGAGAGGCCCGCGCCCAUCUCUGCAGAGUCCCAUGCCAAGGCAGCGUUGACCAGGUGUUGGGAAAGGCCCACGAAACCGGAUGACUUGCAGGGUAUGGAGACAGUUGCUCCUGACGACGACGACGACGACGACGAGGACUUGCCGCCGUUGGUCAGCCAUGAGCAGACUUGA